AUGAUCAGAUUAAAGCUGAUUCUUGCUUUCGCGAAGCUGCUUCCGGCUCAGUUUUCGAAUACGCGCUACAUCGAGUCUAAUGAAUUCGCCGCCGCCGAAGAGUUUUUCAGAGAAGAUAACUGGAACGAUUAUGCGGGACUAUGGAUCGAGCACAAUGAUUUCUUGACGGCCGAUGAAGAUUAUUCCGAAAAUCUGUCAACCAUGAAAGAUGAAUAUUUCAAGUCGCUAGGGUUCACGCCCGAUCCGCGAAUGCCGCCACAGCCAGCAAUCGAGCUGCACCCCGACGCCGGUCGCCGCGUGUCUCACACAGUUCGCAUCCCGCCGCUCCCACCUGGAAUGGCUUACCGCGUGACACACUGCAUCGCUCAGAGCCGCUAUGGUCCGAUUUACAAGAUGAUGUACAAUACCUGCGCGGACAAGAAAAUCGACGUCGCCCGCCACAGCCCGAUGGCACUUAUUCACGAGAAAAAAAACAUUUUUCCGUAUUUUUUUCAACGGGUUGAACAGUUUUCCGGAGUGCCAGGAGGAUUCGAUCAGAGCAAUAUCCGAUAUGUCUGCAAGGUUGGACUGUGCCCUCUGAUGAUCCAAGGCUCGUGCCCAUCCGUCAAUUCCUGCCCCGAAUCGCCGCCAGAAAUGCCGCCAAUCGGAAAUUUCGAGAGGAAGAGAUUUAGAAAACGUGGUUAUUUGGGACUCAAUCGACCUCACUCAGUCGCUGACCCCGAAUACAAACCCUUCGGCGGUUUCGUCAAAAAUGCAAAAACAUCGUUUGCCCACGAGUCUGAGCAGGAACUUACGAAAUCUGCCAAGUUCGACUUUUACCUCCACAAGGAGGAGCUGGUGUAUAAGAAUGUGGUCGUCAACGCGAGCACGAACGAGACUGACCUCGUGCGCGUUUAUCCAGAAACAUUCGAUGACAUUAUGCUUGGCAUCGCGCGCCAUUUGUACAAAACAGGAGUGCGAAUUCCACAGCUGAUCGAAAUGAAGAUUGUGGCAUCUGGAGACGUGUUGACAACUCAGCCGGAUUUUGAGGAGAUGAGCGGUUUCCACGAGCACUCGCGCGAACGCUGGCAGCGGAAGUCGGAGACUCCAAAGGAUUAUCGGAGAAGGAUCAACAGGGUCAUCAAGCUUGCUAAAAGAAGAGAACUGGGAAGCUUGAAACCACACAAAGCUUAUCGAAAAUUCGCUGGACUACUCGGAGCUCCAACAAAGCCCACGCCGACGGAGAAGCCCAUUCAAUUACAAUUACAAACAGAACGAGAAAUUGUCUACGAAGACGAGCGGGAGUAUGAUGAAGAAGAGGAAGAAGAGGAAGAGAUCUCCCCAAGAAUGAUCAAAGCAGAUACUGGUGUUUCAAAAUUCGGCAUUUGUGUGAAGAAAUCAGCUCACAAUAAAAAUUUCCUCAUGGAAAGUUUAAAUUGUAAAUUUUUCGUAGAGAUUAAUCCAAUAUCAAGGCAGAUCAAGAUGAGACCGAAAAAUGUUGAGAAAGCCCCCGAUUUCCCUUCUCUCGUGAAUAUUAUUCCCCAAAUCCACGACCGAAUCUCAAAGCACGAUUCAAAUCAAAAAUGA